AUGCCGCCCAAGAAGAAGGCUCUUCUGAAAGUUAUCAUCCUCGGGGACAGUGGGGUCGGAAAGACCUCGCUGAUGAACCAGUAUGUGAACAAGAAAUUCUCCAACCAGUACAAAGCAACGAUUGGAGCAGAUUUCCUCACCAAGGAUGUGGUCAUCGACGACAAGGAGGUGACGGUGCAAAUUUGGGACACUGCCGGACAAGAACGGUUUCAGAGUCUCGGCGUCGCCUUCUACCGCGGCGCAGAUUGCUGCGUCCUCGUCUUCGACGUGACAAACCCAAAGUCUUUCGAGAGUCUUCAGUCGUGGAAAGAAGAAUUCCUCAUCCAGUCCUCUCCAGCAGACCCAGACUCCUUCCCCUUCGUCGUCGUGGGCAACAAAGUCGAUGAACGCGAGAAGCGCAGAGUGUCGUCGAGUAAGGCCGAGGCGUUCUGCCGCCAAAGCGGAAACGACAUUCCCUACUUCGAGACGAGUGCCAAGACGGCAACGAACGUCCACCUCGCUUUCGAAGAAAUUGCAAAGCGCGCGAUGCUCCAGGAGAAACAGCAAGAGCAAAUUUACCUCCCGGAAACACUGACGCUGUCGAAUCCCGACAUCCGACCAGCCCCCAUCGACAGCAGCGGAGGCUGCUGCUGA